AUGCUCGCCCCGCUAGGUGGAGGCGGCAUAUUGGCGCCCGCCGCGCUGCGGGUCGUCCGUACUGCCGCUCUCAAGGCAGCCACGAUGAUCCGGGCCAAGAUCGCGGCAGCGGCUCGCCCGGCUAACACCGCCCUCGAACCCGUCCUCGUACGCUCCAACCCCAACCCUCGCCAGCCUAUUCAUCCCUCCGCGUUCCUGCGACAGCAGAAGUCUCGACGAUGGCACUCGACGACGACGACGACGACGACGAAGACCUCGGUUACGUACAAGACCAUCAACGCUGCGAUCCGCCGCUUCAUGAGCACUGGCCGGCUUGACGCCGCGCCCCGGGUCGACCGGUCCAAGUUCUUCAACACGCAGACCGGCCGUGCCGUUGCUCAGAUGACCGGUCGCGCACCCUUCGCGAGUACCCUACGACCGAACCUUACCGGAGGAGCCCUCCCUCGUACCGCCGGCGGCUACGGCCUCGGGUCUGGACGUGUGGGUGGUGCUCGCUACUUCUCCCACGCACCCGCCGCCCAAGCCCAGGUGAUCCAGAAUGUUUCAGCUGCGGUCAGGGCGUUUUGGAUCUCGGGCCAGAAGGCACAGUUCGACGGGCUUACCGCCCGCCGCGAGAGGAAAUACCGCGCGGUCUCCACUCUACAAGAUGAGGCCGCCCGUAAGAUGGCUACCACGAAGCGCGACGCUCCAGGCUCUUUCAUCGACUUCCACCUAAGCCCUACCGUCACCGCCCUCAGCCCCCUCGCUGCUGCGUUCCCCUACCCCUCCGCCGGCUUCAAGGUCCCCGCCCUCGACGCCACAACCCUCAACACCGACGGCUUCCUCGAUGUCUUGUCGGUCGACUUCGCCCGCGCCUUGAAAGACCUCACCUCGACCUUGGCGGAUAUCAAGAAACUCUCAUCGCUAGGUGACCUUCCAAUACAGCUCGAGAAGAGACAUACAUUGCGGGUCCGCUUUCCCGGCGUCGAUGCCGAGACAGUGGAGUCCUUAUGUGAUGACCUCGGGUUAACCAGGGGUGUCGUCAGAGAGGACCUAGAUUUCGCGGCCGAAACGGGUGUCUCGAUGGCGCUAAAGUUUCCUUUCGCACCAGGUAUCGAAAGCGAUGGUACAAGAACCCUCACUUCUCCCGGCGGCUCGUUAAGGUCUCAGGGAAGCUUCUUCCCCGCGGAAGAAGACUUCAGCGAGAUGGAAGAUAACCCAUGGUUGUCUUUGCCCGACGACCUAGAAGGCUACGAAAGUAUGUCACCGCCGGUCAGUUCGGGUGAACAUUGCUCAGAAGACUUCGAGGGUCUCGAAGGGAUCUACCGCUUCUUAGAGGAGUGUGAUCGUGCUCAUGAAAGAUUUUAA